AUGGACCGGAGCACUCCUCCCACGAAAUUUGAGAAAGAUUAUAAUACCCUGUUAGACGGGAUCUCAAAGUUUCCUGCUUCCCCUAAUCACCCAAGCGGCUCUGAAGCCCAAGACAACCAUCAAAGCCACACAGGCCCCAUGCAGGCUGGUAAUACGCCUGAGGACUGGACUGUAGAGGAUAUCCUCAAAGUUCAGCAAGAGAACAAUGCUGCGAUCUUAGACAGCAUUCGUCUGAUUUCUUCAAAUGAAAGAUCAACACUAGCUCAAGUGGUACAUAGCGAGUUCCAGAACGGUAUGGAUCGAAUUUGCAACUACGUCAAGAACUUGGUUCCUCAGCCAGCUCAGGCUUCAACUGCCUCGACAAUCACAGAUCUUCGCGCUCAGCUGAAGAAGGAGACAAAUUACACACAGAAGCUCUCUGCUGAUUACAAUAACCUACUUCAGCACUCCCAUAAACAAAGGCAAGAUCUCGCCAAAGUAAACGCCAAACUCGACGAUGCCCUUCGCGAGAGAGACCAGCUACGCCAGCUUCUGGGCGGCGGUUCUUUGGCAAACUCUGACAAAGCAACUGAUGAUUCGAUUCGAGGAAAAUGGAAGGUACUCGCUUACAAUAUUCGGUGUCUGGCUCGCCACCUUGCCCACAAUCCGCCUCAACAGCAACUUGACGACCUCGCUAAGGACCGGCUACGAUUUGUCGCCAGAGACUAUUGCACACUUCUCGAAGAUAAAGAUUACCGAGAGCUUAUUCUUAUGAGCUACCUAUGGGUCACUGUUCAAGACGAUGUGUUCGACGCCGGACACACCGUUUGGGGUGGACCUGAGUUGAAGUCAUUCAAGGCUGUUCGUGAUCACAUUAUCUCUCGUUUUGGAGAUGAUGUUAGUAUUCCCAACUGUGAUGACCCCAUCGCUCAUGCUGCACGGUGGCUGGCCCAAGGCUCGGUGAUGAUGAGCAACCUUUGGGGGAGAGAUGAUCGCGCCAUGAGACGUCUCGUGCUCGCAGAAGCUAAGCGUCUAAGGUCAUUUCAUUCAACUCCCCAGUCCACAGCAGACAGAUGUGAUAAGAAGGUUACUGAUCAACUAAGAGAUAUUCUGGACUCAGCAAUCGAACUUGACCAGAUGAUGAUGAGCUCCAAGGCAACCUUUGUAACUCACUGGCGAGAUCGAUCCCAGAGUCCUGGUACUGCUGAGAUGUGGAACGAGGGUGUCAUGAAUUCAGAGGCAUCUACGAACACCUUGUCCCCCAAAAGCCGUGUUCUAUUCUUCAUCUCGCCUGUUCUUCAUAAAUUCGGUACUGCUGAUGGACAGCGAUAUGACUCUAGCAUGGUGCUGGCCAAGGGUCUUGUGGUCUGCGACUAA